AUGUCGGGCAAGCAUGAGCAGCUCCUGGACAAACUCAACGAUCGUCUCAGAGACGAUGACGCCAAGUACAAGGACCUCGUGCUCGAGGUCCAGUCGAAGAGAGCUAAGGUAGCACAGGCUGAGGCCCGCGAGCUGCAGCUGCUCAAGGUGAUGGAGCUGAGGAGCAAGGAGAACGUGAUGCUGCGCAAGAAGAUCUCCGAUCUCGAGGAGAUGCUUGAGUGCUCCAUCUGCAUGGAGCGACCGGCCUCGCACGCCUUCGACUGCGGACAUUGCUUUUGCUGCCACGACUCCUGCUCCUCCUCCUCCCUCACUCGAUGCGCCAUCUGCCGCACAAGCAUCGGCUCCAAGGUGAAGCUGCGAGGUAAGCUCUCCUCUCUCUCGGGGGACCUCCGCGGCAUCGCCAGCCACAGGCAGGCGGAGGAGAACCUGGAGGCGGCGACGAGCGCGCGCCUGCGGUUCGAGGAGAGGAUGAGGCAGCAGCUGGCAAACCUUGCGCGGGGGCUGGCGCGGGCGAGGGAGGAGAGCAAGGGAGUGAAGGAGGCGUCCUUACGGCAGUCGCGCGAGACAGAGGAGGUGCUGGAGAAGCUCGAGAGGAGCGUGGAGGAGGUGGAGCGAGUGAGCUUGUUCGUCCUGCGAUCGUUCGGGCAUGUUAUGCUGGAGAAGCGAGUCAAGGAAGUGAGCUUCUCCUAUGCAACUGUCAUGUCGGACAAGAAGCCGCUGGAGCUCAUCGAGCAUGCGGCGAGCAAGGAGGACGUGAAGUCCAUCCUCAAGCAGAUGGCUGUCCACCUCGAUGACGCCAGGGUGCAGGAGAAGUCGUGCCGCAGCCUGUGCAACCUCCUCCUCCCUCCCUCCUCUCCCUCCUCUCCCUCCUCUCCCUCCUCCUCCUCUUCCCCCCCCCCGGCCGUCUCCUCCUCCAAGUUAGACGAGUUCAAGUCUGCCUUCGGGCCCGAGCUGGUGGCGACGGCGAUGAGGAACCACGAGGACAGCGAAGGCCUGCAGGCCCUGGGCUGCUCCCUCCUCAAGACCGUCGCUGAGCUGGACUUCAGCUGGCUGUUCCGGGUGAACCUGCUGGUGGAAACCUUGUUCUCUACCCUCGUCAACUUCUACGAGUCCUCAAGAAUCCGCCGCGACGCCUCUGCCGUCCUCCUCCUCCUCUCGUCCUCCUCUCCCCUCCUCGUCAAGAUCGCCAUGCUCACUGGGCUGUCGGAGGCGAUGGGGCGGGUGGGAGAGGAGGAGGAGCUGCUGCUGUUGUGCUGCACGCUGGUCCGGAACAUGUCGCUGGACGAGGAAGGGAAGGUGCACGUGUGUCUCAACGGGGGGAUAAAGCUGGUGGUGGAGGCCAUGGCGGCGCGAGGAGGGAGCGAGAGGAUUCAGAUGCAGGGAUGCGGCGCGUUGAUGAACAUGGCGGGGAACAGCAGCAGCCGCGUGCCGCCUUCCGUCAUGCACAUCAUCCACACCAUCAUCGCGAGCAGCAGGACGGUAGAGACGAUCAUUGACUCGAUGCUCCUCCACUCCUCCUCGCUCGACGUUCACAUGCAUGCUCUAGCCGCCAUCCGCAACCUCGCGUGGAGCAAGGAAGUGAAGGCCGUCCUCCCUCCCUCCCGCUGCAUCGCCGCCAUCGUCACUUCCAUGGAGAAGUUCGCGGGGAACAGAAGCGUUCAGGUCCAUGGCUGUGCGGCGCUGAAGAACCUGUCGUCCAACGCGGAAGGGAACAAGAUCCUGAUAGGAGAGGAAGGAGGCCUCGCCAUCCUCCUCCUCGUUCUCCGCCGCCACCUCGACCACCCUGAAGUUCAACUGCAAGCGACUGCUGCGCUCCGAAACCUCGUGGGAGCAGGACAGAACAAACAACGCAUGCUCGCGCUCGGAUUUGAUAAGGUCUUGAAGCAGGUGCUCGCAGCACACAAGGGGCACAAGGGCAUAGAGGAGCAUGCGACACGGGUCCUUAAGACCAUAGGAACCGACCAGAAUCCUUUGAGACCUGCUGGCUCCUCCAGCCAGGUCGACUCUCCUCCCUCCGCUGCUGCUGCUGCUCCUCCUCCUGCCCCUCCUCGUGCUCGUGCUCGUGCUCGUGCUCGUGCUCCUUUUGCCCUUGCUGCUGCUGCGGCUCUUCUUCCUCCUGACCUUCCUCGCUGA